AUGUUUCAAGCGAACUUCCAAGGGUCAUUAUUCACCGCAUACUAUAGCGGUGGCAGUCGUCCGCUAGAGAAUUGGUCGAUUCAGUGCAAAUAUGGAGAAUUGAAGCAGGUUCUAGAUGACGUGAUUAAGUCCAACGUGCUCCAAAUCCAGUCGCUAAAUGUAAACGCGUGUUGUAUAACCUGUCCUGUGGAUCCCAARGGUUCACUGGGUAUUCGGAUGCCGUUCUUGACGUUGUUGGUAAAAAACCUUGGUCAAUAUUUUACAUUCGAAAUCACGAUUUUGGACAGCGAAAACAUUCGCCGACGUUUGCGCUUGAGUAACUAUCAUUCGACCACAAAGAAAAGCACGUUCAUGAUCACGAUGCCGAUAUGCAUGGACGAUGGUUGGAACCAACUGAACCUGAAAUUAGCCGAGAUCACGAGCUUCUCAUUCAAGACAACUUACGUAGAGACGGUCCGACUCCAAGUGCACGCCAACUGUCGGCUGAGAAGGAUAUAUUUCAGUAAUCAGCAGUACAAAGACGAUCAAUUGCCGAACGUUUACAGGAUGCACAGGAUCGCGGUCUUGCGCGAGAAACCAAAAAGCAUGUUAAAGAAAAAGGCGGGAACCGUUGAAAAAAAACCAACAGCUAACAAGUCGUAG